AAAAUAAAAGCGUUGAUCUACAUAUACAUAGCAAUACAUACAUAAAUAAAUUUUUUUACUAUGUAACAUCAAACAUGUUCAUUCGUGUUCAUCCGCGUUCAUUGCGUUUAUGUUAAUUAUUCACACAUCAAAACUAAUUAAACGAGUAACGACAUUAUAAUAAUUCAAUUUUACAGUUAAUUAUAUCAUUAAAAUUGAAGGUCAAAAAAAAAUCAACAUGAGUGAACAACGAUUGUCCGUUGAAAAAAAAGUAAGAUUGGACAAUGUCAUCAAUGAAUCUUCACCAGAAACAUCAUCAACCGAUUUAAUCAACACACUUCCUUCAGAAUGUCUUGCAAGAAUAUUUAUGUGUCUUGACGUAUUUGAUAGAAUAGAAAUUAGAAAAAUUUGUAGAAAUUGGAAAGAUACAUGUGAUAAUUUUGCAUGGUAUGACAUUAAAAAAUUUGUAUGUCAUCCUACCAUUGGUAGAUCUUACGAUAAUCGUAAGAUGAACAAAUCAGAUGUGAUAAAUGCAUUAUUUUAUUGUGGUCGAUAUUUACGACACUUAAAACUAUCUGAAAUUGUUGAUUCAAGUAUUAUGGCACUUCUUGGUAACACUUGUAAAAAUCUUACUCAUUUGGAGAUUAAAUUUGACAAUUUUGAUGAGCCAAUUGAUGAAAAUCAUUAUACUGAGGCAUUUAUCAAGUUGACUAAUUUGCGUAGUAUUAAAAUUGAAUAUUAUCGUGAAAAUUCACUUCAUCAAGACUUUCCAACACAAGUAUUGAAUAGUCUUUCAGAAGGAGUAGAUGAGAUAACUCUUAGCAACUUUCCUGUGAGUCCAUUUGAUUCUACUCUCGAAAAAUUCAAUGGACUUCGUAUUCUUGAUCUUACAAAUUAUACACUCAACAAGAAUACAAUGCGAGAAAUUGCUAAAAAAACAACAAUAGUUAAAUUAUCACUGCGUUCAUGUCUCAUUGAAAAUGAAGAUGCAGCUUUAAUUUCUAAUCCCAUUAAUUUGGAAACUUUACAUCUCGAAGACAGUCGAAUAAGUAAAGAAUGCGUAAUCCGUACAGUGAAAAAUUGUAAAACUAUCAAAAGUUUACAGGUUGACUGUGAUUUAUCGUCAUUUGCUGUUGGACAAAUAACUCAAUUGGAUACAUUAAAAUGUCUUAAAGUGCAUCAUGUUGAUGACCUGUCUGUUAUUCGUAUUGUAAGCUCUUUGAAAAAUCUAAUGGAACUACAUAUGAAUUGUGAAAAUAUCUCAAAUGUUGUUUUACAAGAUAUUGGUCAAUUGAAAAAACUUGAAUGUUUAGUUUUAUCUGAUGGUUUUAAUGUUGACGAUGAUGUUAUUAUUUCAAUUUCCAAUAAUUGCAGUAAACUCAAGCGUUUUGAAUUGUCUAACUGUAAAGAUGCAACUGCUUCUGCUCUGUGUGAAUUAGCAAAGCUUAAAAACCUCGAAGUCUUGGCUUUAGAUAAUGUAGAAAAUUUUGAUAAUGAUGCUAUUACUUGCAUUGUGAGUGAGUGUAAAAAUAUAACAUCUUUAGAACUAUGUACAUGUUACAAAUUGACUGAAAUUGGUCUUCGUAAUAUUGCGAAACUAGAAAAUUUAAAAAACUUGAAUUUUCAUGAUAUUAAUAAUACUUCAGAUGCUAUAUUCAACGGAAUUCAUAAACUCAAAUCAUUAUCAUCUACAAUAGCCGUCAAUUUUACUGUUGAAGGUAUGAUAAUGUUGUUGAAGAACUGUCCAAAUCUUGAGGAAUUGUCAAUUUAUCAACCUCCGUUUAAUGAUGAAGUUUUAUCAUGUGCUGUUGAAGAAACAUGUCGUCGUACUAACAAUACUUUGCUUACAAUCAAUAUGAUGUCACGAUUUUAUGGAGAUUUAAAAAAUAUUGCAAGUUUAUCUCCUCUGCUAAAAGUUACAGAUUUUUAAUGCAUUGAGCUCGAGAUGAUAUGUUAGCAUUCAAUUACUUUUUCAAAAACUUGACAUUUUACGACAACAAAUCAUUUUCUCUUUCUUUUUAUUUGUUUCGAAUGAACAUAAUAUUUUUUCUAUUCAUAAAAUAUCAAGUGAUAACAAUAUAAUCUUAUAACAUUUAAAUUUUGAAAAAUAAAACAUUUCAACAUUAAUACACGAAUAACUUUAUAAAAAUUAAUAUACAUAUUGUUUUUUUUAUUCAAAAUACAAACUUAAAUUCAUUUAUUAUACAAUAUACAUUGUAUAUUUAAAAGAAUAUCUACAAGAAUGUAAACAUAAAACAAAAAUAAUAAAAGUGGCUUAUUAAAUGUUAUAAAUCAUAAAAAAUAUUUGUUGGUAUUUUUUUGCUUUUUAUAACAGAGAUCAUACACAAGAUCUUUAAGUACUUCCCGUAAAAUUUAGAGCAUGCAAAAUAAAAAGUUGUUAAUUAUUGGGUUGAUUAUCGAAAUUUUUCACACAAAUAAUUUGAUGUUAUGUGAGUCGUUGAAGGUCACAGGAAAUCAUAGUAAGUCAUAUGUCAGUCUGUCACUUCAUUGUUCAUUAAAUAGUUCUCCGUUUUUUUUUUUUUAUUUAUAAAAUUUGACUUGCAAUUAAUUUUUGUCUUUUCUUAAUUUAAACGUAAUGAAUUUUUUUUUGUAUUUAAACAUCACGCCUGUUUCAUGCAAACAUUCAAAUUUUCAAAAUAUUUAGAUGACUUGAAAUGUCUGAAAAAUUCAAGUAGCAGAAAUAUUAUCAUUCAUUCUAUCAAAGUGCGUUUUCACUACAAAAUUUUAUUUGCAUUUAUAUAUAUUAAUAAUCUUAAAGUUUGUUUAACUUAAGCGUUGAUAAUAUGUCUAUAUUCACAAUGACAAUGAUGUCACAUGUUUUUAGUUUUCAGUCACCCAUAGGCAGUAUAUAAAUAUAUAAUACAUAAUUUAAUAACUAGAUACUCUGUAAAUGACAUUGCAUAUAAUCAUCGACAAGUGCUUUGCAUUAAAAUAAAAAUUUGACAUAUAUUCUCGGAUGAACUUUUCGUAAAAAAAGUAUAUUAAUUAAUUUUUUUUAUGACCAUAUUUUUAUUA